CACACUGUCUUUGAAUCAGUACUAAUAGGUGCAAUACUGGCCCUGGACAUCAUCAAGAGCACCGCGAGUCUGGUUAAAGCUACCAUCCUCAUAGAUUCCCAAGCAGCCAUCCUCGCUCUCCAGUCUAGUCAGACAACAUCAGGACGCUACCUAGUCGACGAAUUCCACCGCCAGGUGCGCCUACUCCAGGCAAAGAGACAAUCCCUUCGAAUACGAAUCCAAUGUGUACCAGAUCACAUCGAUGUCCACAAAAACAAAAUGGUCGACGCGGAAGCAAAACUAGCAGCACAAAGAUCCUCGUUCCCCCUCUUUGACAACCAUACCAUACUCACCACCACGCAGUAA